CGGAAAGCAAGAAAUGUGCUCAAGAAUAUGUUACCAGUCCUUCUGUAACAGGAGACCCUGGCAGGACACUUGGAUCACUACGGACGAGCAGUAUGGAGAUAUUUUGUGGUUUCAAUGAUGUGUUUUUGGACGUUUGAAUCUGGGGCGCCGUCAGCCUCCAUUAGGUGGAGUUGUGUUGCUACCUCCUCUCCCCUUGGAUCUCUGCAAGGGAUGUGAGGACUCUAAAACUUCACCUGAGCCUCCCUCGGCAUAUGGGGAAAAGUCCACUGCGGUCAUAAAGCCGAGCAGAUAAGCCGAGGACAGAGGCAGAGGAGGCUCAGUUCUGUCAGGAGAGACGGCGACAUGGACGGGAUUCAGACACACUUCACCGUGAGGACGUCCUUCAGCUUUCUCCUUCUGAUUCUGCUUCAAAUGUCCACUGAUGCCCAGGACAUCUGCUCUGCUCCGUCACUUGUCAACUUUGCAGAAAACAACACUGUGGGUGAGGUUGUGCUGACGGUCAACGUCCUGUCAGACACAGUGACCCUGGAGCUUAAACGUGACCCUGCAAACCCCAACUACCCAUUCAGGCUCCAGGGAAACCAGCUGAUAGCUGUGAGGGUGUUGGACUACGAGACUGAAACUUCUCAUGUAGCCGAGAUCACCUGCACUGAUACGGCCUCAGGCUUCAAGUUCGGCCUCACCAUCGUUGUGCUUGUGUCCAAUAAGAAUGAUAACCCUCCGGUCUUCUCUCAGAACCUGUACCAGGUCAAUGUCAAUGAGCUGUCUCCUGUUGACACAAGCGUGGGCCGCUUCCCUGCCACAGAUUUAGACGGUGAUAUAAUCUACUACAAACUGACGUCUGAAUCUAACGGCUUCAAAUUGAGGUCGCCCACCAUCCCGGAGCUCCUCGUUCAGACGCCUCUCGACUACGAUAAAGUCAAAAGUGUCCAACUGAUAUUAACCGCUCAGGAUGCACCGUUAACUCCAGCCAAUAGCAGGGCUCCAUUCAGCGCCACCACCACUAUCAUGGUCACCAUCGUAGACGUGGACAACAGACCGCCGUGGUUCCAGCCCUGCAACAAGCAUGAGAUCGGCGGAGUAGUGAUCUGCCAAAACAGCGGUUACACCACCAGGGUCGUCUUAAACGAACAAGAGACCGGACUGUUACCUCUGAAACCAGGACCACUGUACGCCAUCGAUGGAGACUCACUAAAUGAGGAGAUAACGUACUCGUUCCUGGGCGGAGACGGUGGUGGUCUGUUUCACAUCAACCCCAACACAGGGAACAUCAGCAUGCUGAAGCCGGCUGACGUGUUGGGGACCAUCGGUCUGACAGUUCUGGCUGCUCAGAGGAUAAACAGUCAUCAGUUUGCCACCACCACCGUCACAGUCAGCGUUCAGGUAAAGAGUCUCCACCCGCCACAGUUUCAGAGGCCUCAGUAUGAAGCCGUCAUCACCGCAGUGGGUGUCAUGGCAAUGGACCCGACGAACAAAAAUGAGCCACUGAGCAUCCGCGCCACUGAUGAGGACUACGCUACCACUGGGGGUCUAAAUCCCUACAUCACUUACUACGUUAACGGGAGCGAUGAUUUCUCCAUCAUUGACGGCUAUUUAUUCAUGACAAAGGAUCUCCCAGAGGGCACGUUAUCUCUGCAAGUCGUGGCGAUGGACACCUCUAAUGACCAGUCGGCCACAGCUCAGCUCUCAGUGGAGGUGACUUCAGGUCUCAGCACUACCAGUCUGCCUCUGAGCACCACAGGCAUCGUGGCCACGACGUCCUCAGGGGAAAUCACCACCAACAGCAAGACCACAGACGUUAUCAUGUCCACCUCCAACCCCAGUUCGUCGACUAACAACGACCUCUCAACCACCAUCCCCAGCUCGUCCAGUGAAAGCAUCAUCUCCACCACUAAUCCCAGUAUAACCAGUGAAGGCAGCAUUUCCACCACCAAUCCCAGUUUGACCAGUGAAGGCAGCGUCUCCACCACCAAUCCCAGUUUGACCAGUGAAGGCAGCGUCUCCACCACCAAUCCCAGUUUGACCAGUGAAGGCAGCGUCUCCACCACCAAUCCCAGUUUGACCAGUGAAGGCAGCGUCUCCACAGCCAGCACAGCUCAUCCUCACACAGUGACCGUCCCGUCAGGUGGGUACAGGGUGGAGGACAUGGCAGCGCUCGGUGCAACCCUGGGCGUCCUGCUGUUCAUCUGUGUGGUGGUCAUCGUGGUGCUCGCACUUCAGAUUCAGAGGGGGAAAGCCGCCUGGGGAAAGAUCUAUGAAGCCAGCAUGUUCCAGAGCUCGCUGGGUCAAGGUUCAGGCAGUCAAAAGGAGGGCAUCCAGUACACCAACAAGGCCUUCCAGAACGAUGAAGAUGGAGACAGCGUCGGCUCCGGCGGUCCUGCAGGGGGACGCAUGAUGGCUGGUGGAGGGGCAAGGGACUUUGCACUCAGUGAGGCCAUAGUAAAGACUACAGUGCCGCUGCACGCCCUCCUGAGAGACGACACCAGUCAGGCAGGCUCGGACAAGGCUGACAGUGAGAAGGAGGUGAAACCCAUUCUGACUAAGGAGAGACGCAUGGAUGACGGGUACAAGUCGGUCUGGUUUAAGGAGGAUAUCGACCCCAACGCCAAGGAGGAGGUGGUCAUUAUCCCUGACAGCAGAGAGGACGACAGCGAGGAGGAAGACGAGGAGCAGGCCUCCAGCAGCAGAGAGGAGGACGAAGACGACAGCCUGAGGACCCCGAGGGUCGUCUUUAAUGACACAGAUAUGGACAGUGGACUCGGGGUGAAGAUGGAGGAUCCAGCAGAGGACUCGGAGGCUGACGACGUGUUGAACGUUGAUCUGUGAAAGAGACGCUCACACAACAGGAACCGCCCAUAAUAAAAUCUAAUGAUGAUUUAUCAGCAGUGUGGCGACACUCCGUCGUAGCAGUCCAUUACAGACGACCAGAGACAGAACCAGGACUGAACACACCCUGCUGAAAGAUACAAACAAGUCAGGUUGUUAUGAGUCUGAGUUUAAUCCAUUAGCUGUGUGAAGGUUUAGAUUUUAAACAAAUAAAACCUUUUACAACCUUUA